UUUCCUUAAAGGUCCUGGCAGGGCCGGCAGGAACCAGCUCUGAUACCAAGGAGCUACAGCCUGUAGAGAUAAACAGGGCGAAAAGAAGGAUUUGAAAAGUUACCCGCCACGAUGUCGGACAGAAGCCCCUUCGAAACGGACAUGCUCACCCUCACUCGCUAUGUUAUGGAAAAGGGGCGUCAGGCCAAAGGGACCGGGGAGCUCACACAGCUACUGAACUCCAUGCUGACGGCCAUCAAAGCCAUAUCCUCGGCUGUGCGCAAGGCUGGCCUGGCCCACCUGUACGGAAUUGCGGGAAGCGUGAACGUGACCGGGGAUGAGGUGAAGAAACUGGACGUGUUAUCCAAUUCCCUGGUGAUCAACAUGCUCCAGUCCUCCUACAGCACCUGCGUCCUGGUUUCGGAGGAGAAUAAAGACGCGAUUAUCACCAACAAGGAGAAGAGGGGGAAGUAUAUAGUCUGCUUUGACCCACUGGAUGGAUCUUCUAACAUCGACUGCCUGGCCUCCAUUGGAACCAUCUUUGCUAUCUAUAGAAAGACCUCAGAGGACGAGCCUUCUGAAAAAGAUGCUCUGCAGCCAGGCCGAAAUAUCGUGGCUGCAGGCUAUGCCCUCUAUGGUAGUGCAACCCUCGUGGCUCUUUCCACUGGGCAAGGCGUGGACCUCUUCAUGCUCGACCCAGCUCUCGGUGAAUUUGUCCUCGUGGAAAAAGAUGUCAAGAUAAAACAGAAAGGAAAGAUUUACAGUCUCAAUGAGGGCUAUGCCAAGUACUUUGAUGCUCCCACCUCAGAAUAUGUGCAGAGAAAGAAAUUUCCUGAGGAUGGCAGUGCUCCCUAUGGGGCCAGGUAUGUGGGCUCUAUGGUAGCCGAUGUGCACCGCACCCUGGUCUAUGGAGGGAUCUUCCUGUACCCGGCGAACCAGAAAAGUCCUAAGGGCAAGCUUCGGCUCCUGUAUGAGUGCAAUCCUGUGGCCUAUAUCAUAGAGCAGGCUGGAGGCCUGGCGACCACGGGCACCCAGCCCGUGCUGGACGUGAAGCCAGAGUCCAUUCACCAACGAGUCCCCCUCAUUCUGGGGUCCCCGGAUGAUGUGAAGGAAUACCUCACCUGUGUACAGAAAAGCCAGGCAGGCAGGUAGUAGGUUUCACCCUGAAUGCUGCCUUUUCUUUGUCUUGUCCCUUCUAUUAAGGACCCUAAAGGAACGAUCAUUGUAAACAGUGGUGAUGAGUAACAAAAGGCAAAGCCUCCCUGAAUCCCCCAAAGAAGAGCCACAGUGACGUGCUCUGCACAGCUCUAGAAGCCAGAGGCGAUUCUGUGCUCAGUGGGAAGGGCUCAAAAUAAAAACCCACAUGGGAAAAGAACAA